CUCUUUCAGAUUUGACACGUGAAUCUAAUCGACGUACAGCACCAUGACUGAAAAAGUUCCCUACAAAGUUGCUGACAUCAGCUUGGCAGAAUGGGGUCGCAAGGAAAUCGCUCUUUCAGAGAAUGAGAUGCCUGGACUGAUGCAUAUGAGAAGAACAUAUGGUCCUUCUAAGCCAUUGAAGGGUGCACGUAUUGCUGGGUGUCUACAUAUGACUGUGCAGACUGCAGUCCUCAUUGAAACACUCACAGAACUUGGUGCUCAAGUGACAUGGUCGAGUUGCAACAUUUUCUCCACCCAGGAUCACGCUGCUGCAGCUAUUGCCAAGACUGGUGUUCCCGUCUAUGCAUGGAAGGGAGAGACUGAUGAGGAAUAUGUCUGGUGUAUUGAUCAGACCAUAAUCUUCCCUGAUGGCGAACCACUGAACCUUAUCUUGGAUGAUGGGGGUGAUCUCACAAACCUCGUUCAUGAAAAAUACCCACAAUACCUUCCAGGCAUCAAAGGUCUAUCAGAAGAAACUACCACUGGUGUGCACAACUUGUACAAAAUGAUGACCGCUGGCAAACUCAAGGUCCCAGCCAUCAAUGUCAACGACUCCGUCACAAAGAGCAAGUUUGACAACUUGUAUGGAUGCAGAGAGUCUCUUGUCGAUGGAAUCAAGCGUGCCACAGACAUUAUGUUGGCAGGAAAGGUUGCUGUUGUGGCAGGCUAUGGCGAUGUAGGCAAAGGUUGCGCCACUGCCCUCAGAGCUUUUGGUGCACGUGUCAUAAUCACAGAAAUCGAUCCAAUCAUAGCUCUCCAGGCUGCUAUGGAAGGGUACGAGGUGACCACAUUUGACGAGGCUGUCAAAGAAGGUCGCAUCUUUGUCACCACAACUGGGUGCAAAUCAAUCAUUGAACCAAAACACUUUGAACAAAUGCACGAAAAUGCAAUUGUCUGCAACAUUGGUCAUUUCGAUUGUGAAAUUGAUGUAAAAUGGCUGAAUGAUAACUGCAAAAAAGAUAACAUUAAGCCUCAGGUAGAUAGAUUCACAUUGUCAAAUGGUCGCAGCAUUAUCUUACUCGCAGAGGGACGUCUUGUCAACUUGGGGUGUGCCAUGGGUCACCCCAGCUUUGUCAUGAGCAACUCAUUCACCAACCAGGUUCUUGCCCAGCUUGAGCUGUGGACCAAAGACACAUACAAAGUUGGAGUCCACUUCCUUCCAAAGAAGUUGGAUGAAGAAGUAGCAGCUGCUCAUUUAGACCAUCUUGGUGUUAAACUAACCAAACUUAGUGACACCCAAUCAGAGUAUUUAGGCAUUCCAAAAGAAGGACCCUUCAAGCCAGAACACUACAGAUAUUAGGACAAUUCACACUGGGACUUUCACACUGGGACUUUCACAUUGGGACUUAAAUAUAAAAAAUAUUUUUAAAAUCAUGUCUAGAAAUAUAGGAAAGCCUAUAAACAAUCUUAGUGUCGCUAUAAGAGGUGGUUUUGUAUUAUGCAGAUGUACAAAGUACAUUAAUCUGUUGUUAUGCAAUUUACGGAUGAAUGCAAUUUUGAGUAAUGUUAAAGCUGUAAAGAGGCUCCCCCUAUUAUCACCAUGCCAAUCAACCAUGAGAUUAAUCCAAUAUCCAUGUGUUUUACAGGGUUACUGUAUUUUAUGAUGAAUUACUUAUUUUUACUUGUUACACAAGUAAUAGAUUUUGGGGUAAUGUUGAAUUGUAUAUAAGGAAUAAAAAAAUUAAAACAUACCAAAUCUUAAGACUUGUGAGGAAAGUAAUGUAUCAGCUAUUUGCAAUUAUUUCAUAAAAUGAACUGGUACUGUACUAAGAAGUAUUCAUUUCUAUGAAGUAUUUUUGCACCAAAUCAUAGUUUCAAAAAUGUCCAUAAUUCACUUACGUUGUGGACAUGUGUGACCGUGAAUGUGACGGAGAAGCCAUAAAAAUAUUGACUGGUGCAAUCGUAUCAUAGUUUAAUAUCAACUGGUAUCCAUAGAUUUCCAUUCAUAUUGUCUACCGAUUGAAUGAUAUUCAUGAUUAGAGUGACACCUGACCUGAUGACAGACCUUACCAUAGCAUAUUGUUUUGACAUAAGUUAGACUAUCCAUAUGCCAAUUUAAUAUCAGUACUCAGUCAUGU